ACGGGUUGGGAGGAAGCUUAUACUUUUGAAGGUGCAAGAUAUUAUGUGAAUCAUAAUGAACGAAAAGUAACCUGCAAACAUCCAGUCACAGGACAGCCAUCGCAGGACAACUGUAUUUUUGUUGUGAAUGAACAGACUGCUGCAGCAAUGACAUCUGAGGAAAAGAAGGAGCGACCAAUAAGCAUGAUAUGUGAAGCAACUAACUAUAAUGUGACAUCGGAUUAUGCUGCUCAUCCAAUGAGCCCUUUGGGCAGAACAUCACGAUCUUCAAAGAAGGUUCAUAAUUUCGGAAAGAGAUCAAACUCAAUAAAGAGAAAUCCUAAUGCACCAGUUGUCAGACGUGGCUGGCUCUACAAACAGGAUAGUACUGGAAUGAAGUUGUGGAAGAAACGGUGGUUUGUGCUCUCAGAUCUGUGUCUCUUCUAUUAUAGAGAUGAGAAAGAAGAAGGAAUACUAGGUAGUAUACUUCUACCUAGUUUUCAGAUAUCUAUGCUUUCUGCUGAAGACCAUAUUAACCGCAAAUAUGCCUUUAAGGCAGCUCAUCCAAACAUGAGGACCUAUUAUUUCUGCACAGAUACAGGGAAGGAAAUGGAGUUGUGGAUGAAAGCCAUGACAGAUGCUGCACUUGUGCAGACAGAGCCUGUAAAAAGAAUAGAGAAGUUAACCACUGAAAAUACACCAUCUCGAGAGGCAAAUAAUAUUUCAAACCAUCGGGUGCUAAUUAAGCCAGAGGCACACAAUAACCAAAGAAAUAAAGAAGUGAACAAAAAUGAGGAGAAGAAAGCUUUGGAAGCCGAAAAAUAUGGAUUCCAGAAAGUUGGGCAAGAUAAACCAUUAACGAAAAUUAAUAGUGUAAAGCUAAAUCCUCUGGGAUCAGAAUACAGGACUUUACCCAUAAGCACGAUUCAGGCUGGACACUUCAGACCAGUUCAUUUGAAUGGGUCUGAGAAUAAAGCUGUUGGGCUUGUCCUGGCAGAUGCUGGAGAUGGAGGUCAGCACAAUGCGGUUCAGUCACAUAUGGAGUCUGAACGAGUUAUGCAGAGAACUAAUUCAAUGCUGCAACUGGAACAGUGGAUUAAAAUACAGAGAGGGAAAGGACAAGAGGAGGAAACAAGAGGCAUAAUCUCAUACCAGACGUUACCAAGAAACAUGCCAAGCCACCGACCUCAAGUUUUACCCCGGUACCCAGAAGGCUACAGAACACUGCCAAGGAACAGCAAAGCACGGCCAGAGAGCCUCUGCAGCAUAACACCAUCAGCUUAUGACAGAGCCAUAGGACCAGUAACAGCCGAAGAAAAACGGAGGUCAAUGCGUGAUGACACAAUGUGGCAGCUCUACGAAUGGCAGCAACGUCAGUUUUACAAUAAGCAAACAACUCUUACCAGACACAGUACUUUAAGUAGCCCAAAAACUAUGAUUAAUAUUUCUGAUCAGACAAUGCAUUCAAUUCCCACCUCACCUUCUCAUGGCUCAAUCGCUGGUUUCCAAGGAUACUCCCCACAGCGGACCUACAGAUCAGAAGUGUCUUCACCUGUGCAAAGGGGAGAUGUAACUAUUGAUCGCAGGCACCGGACACAUCAUACUAAGCAUGUCUUUGUGCCUGACAGAAGGUCAAUGCCAGCAGGUCUGAGUUUACAGCCUGUUACUCCUCAGAGCCUCCAAGGCAAAACAUUAACACAAGAAGAAUGUAGGGGUACACUAUACAAAUAUAGAACUGAAGAGCUGGAUAUUGAUGCUAAGCUUAGCCGUUUAUGUGAACAAGAUAAAGUUGUGCAAGCACUGGAGGAGAAGCUUCAACAGCUACACAAGGAGAAAUACACGCUUGAGCAAGCUUUGCUGUCAGCAAGUCAGGAGAUAGAAAUGAAUGCAGAUAAUCCCGCAGCUAUUCAAAAUGUAGUCUUACAGAGAGAUGACUUGCAGAACGGACUACUUAGCACUUGUCGAGAAGUAUCGCGAGCUACUGCAGAACUGGAAAGAGCUUGGAGAGAAUAUGAUAAAUUGGAAUAUGAUGUAACUGUAACAAGGAGCCAUAUGCAGGAGCAACUCGAUCGGCUUGGAGAAAUUCAGACUGAGUCAGCAGGGAUACAGCGUGCUCAAAUUCAGAAGGAACUGUGGAGAAUUCAAGAUGUCAUGGAGGGUUUAAGUAAACAUAAACAGCAAAGAAGCUUUUCAGAGGCAGGCAUCAUGGGAUCAAGGACAUUUUCAGCUAUUAAAUACAAAAAUGAGGGUCCUGAUUAUAGGCUUUAUAAGAGUGAACCAGAGUUAACUACAGUAGCAGAAGUGGAUGAGUCUAAUGGUGAAGAAAAGACAGAACAGAUUUCAGAAUCAGAAUCUACUGCUAAAGGCUCACAUUUUCCUGUGGGAGUUGUACCACCCAGAACCAAAUCGCCAACACCGGAGUCUUCAACGAUAGCUUCUUAUGUCACUUUGAGGAAGAAUAAGAAGAUAGAGCUAAGAACGGAAAGACCAAGAAGUGCAGUGGAGCAGCUGUGUCUUGCAGAAAGCACACGACCUCGAAUGACUGUGGAGGAACAGAUGGAAAGAAUAAAGAGACACCAACAAGCUUGUCUGAGAGAGAAGAGAAAAGGACUCAAUAUUAUUGGCGUUUCAGACCAGUCUCCCUCACAGAGUUUGUCGUUUGUCAGAGAUAAUCCAUUCAAAUUGGCACAGAAUCGAAAAAAGGAUGAUACAGUAUCUAAUAACAUGAAGGAAUUAGAGGGCACCAGUAAAGAGAAUCAUUUGAAACAGAAUAAUGGAAGUCCUGGUGAAGAAGCAGCACACCUAAAACAUGAUGGAGAAAAAGAAUGUAAUUUGGGUUUUACUAAAGAGCUGACAAAAACUGAUGAUCUUUUAUCACAUGCACAUGUUGUAUCUGAUUCAAAAGAAGUGAGUAAUGAAGAGAAAUCAGAAAAGGAAAAGAAAAAUAAGUUGGAAGAAACACGAGAUGGUGAUACAAGCUUCCAGAGUGUGACUACAGUUGUAAACCACAAACCCAAAAUGAGCUCAGAAGAAAGUGAAGUAGUUAGUGUUCAAGAACAAGAAGGAAUUAUGUCUUCGUUUGAAUUAGCAGCACAGUCUUCAAAAGGAAAUAAGGCAACAGCAGUGAAAAGUCUGCCUUCUUCACCAGAAUCGUCAUUGUCACCAGCUCCAUCUACACAGACACAGCUCACAGAAGGAUCACAUUUCAUGUGUGUAUAGUUACAGAGAACACUAAUGGCUUCUGUUGAAACAAUUCAUGCCUGAGAUGUAUGGACCUGACCUUUGAAAAUAAGAGAAGAUAUUGUACAGUAUAUUUUAAAUCUAUGAAAUUCAUAGUUCUGAUGCUUUUGGCCACAGAGCAUCAUUUUAUCACUUCCUGGAAAAUGUUUAUUCCAAGAGAGCUUUAAAUGGCCCACAUGUACACUCAACAACCUUCAGAUUGUUCUCCUGAUACCAGCUUGCUGCUAUGACUUCUGUGCACAUAAAAUAAAGGCUCUUUUAAUGUGCAGCCUACAGUCAGAACUUUAUUUGAUAUUCUCCAGAAUUUAAUGUUCUUUUAACUAUGGAUCAUAUAAAUUUACUUUUUUGCUUCUUUUAGAUGCAUAAUUCGGUUAAUUUUACAUAUCACCACUAAACCUUGUUUUACACCUUUUGAACAUUACAAUUUAUUGUUCUAACAUUUUAUUUGUAAAAUUUUUAUAUAUAUAUACAUAUAGAUAUAUUUAAAAUGUGCCAUUUUUAUUAUUGCUUAGUAAAAUAUGUCCUGUUUCUGCUGUAAUUAUUUCUUGGUCAGGUUGCAAUGUCAGCAGUUACUGCCACACCUCUGUCAACAUAUGCAUUAAUGUUAGUGGUUACUUUUUCUUCAGUAAAAUGGAGUGUAGGUAUUUUGAGGUACUGGGCUUUUCCUUCAUUGGGUUAGGGUGUGUACAGCAAUAAGCAGGUUUUCAAUCCAGUACUUAGUUUGUGUACAAAUGUAAUUAUGUUCAUUGUGUAUAUAUUAUACAAUGAGCAAAUAUGAUGUAAGUAUAAGAAGCCACUUAUUGUUCAAAUACGAAUGUUCAUAUCCCAUUUCUUUUAUAUCAUAUUAAAUAAAUGUUGAUGUUCUUAAGGACUUGUAUGGUUAGUAUUUCUUCCAGCAAACAGAUGUCACACCGUGUUCCACCUUUUGAUGUGGGGAAUGCAACAAUUCUUGUCUCUUUGAUGACAUCACCUGUCAACCAGAGUAGCAAUGACAGACUUAAGAGAUUCCAGUCUUCCUCUACAGGAAAGAAUAAGGCUGCAACACAGAACAAAAAGACAGCCUGAGACUGAGGCACAAGAAAUACAGGUUCAGCUCCUGACUCUCCCAGACUUGUAUCAUGAUGUUGGAAUAAUCACUUAGUCAUUCUGUACCUCCAUUCCCUGCCUGUUUACUUGAGUGGUAAUAGCCUGUCUUACUGGGGUGUGGUGAGUAGUAAUUCAGUAUUUGCAAAUAGUGAAUGCCACGUUCAGUGGGGUUAAGG